AUGGCGACGGACGAUGGGUUCUUCCUGUUCCACAAGCUGGCGUGGGACAGCGGCGCGGAGCGCGUGCUGCGCUGCGAAGACGAGAUCGAGCGGCGCUACGAGAUCGUGCCCUCCGUCGUCUGCUCCAUGUGCUGCCUCUUCGGGAUCAUCUACUGCUUCUUUGGCUACCGCUGCUUCAAGGCGGUGAUGUUCCUGACGGGCCUGAUGUUUGGCUCGGUGGUCAUCUUCAUGCUGUGCUACAAGGAGCGCGUGCUGGACACCCAGCUGAGUGUGGAGGCCUCGGUGGGCAUCGGGCUGGGCAUUGGCACCCUGUGCGGGCUGGUCACCAUGCUGGUGCGCAGCGUGGGACUCUUCAUGGUGGGGCUGCUGCUGGGGCUGCUGGUCGCCCUGGCAUCACUAGUGGUCCUUGAGGAGUUCUACCAGCCGCGCACCAUGUGGCUGCCCCUGGGCGUGCUGCUGGGCUCGGGCAUGCUGUUCGCCGUGCUCACCCUGCAGUGGCAGCGCUGCUUCGUCACCCUCUCCACCGCCGCAUUCGGCGCCGCCGUCAUCACCGUCACCGUCGACUACUUCGUGGAGAUGCUGGCCAUGGUGCGGCACGUGUACGAGCGCGUCAAGCUGGCGCCGCGCCACAUCUGCUGGUUCACCUGGGUCAUCAUGGGCGUGUGGCCCACCCUGGCCCUCCUGGGGGUGCUGAUACAGUGGAAGGUCACCGCCGAGGGAUACUCACACACCGAAGUGUUCAUCAGCCACCAGCAGCGGCGCGUGCAGCUGAUGAAGAUCCGCCAGAGGGAGGAGGGGAAGGACAUCAGUGGCAGCAACAGCAAGAAGAAGAAGAAGAAGAAGCCAUCCCAGCAGCAGAGUACACAUCAGACCAGCAGCCACGCGGAUCCCACCAGCAGGCGCAGGCCGAACCCCAUUCGUCGCUUCGAUGGAGAUGUACUCUCACCGAGCUACAUCCAGAGUUUCCGUGAUCGGCAGGUGGAUCGGCGUGGCUACUCGCAGGGUCGUCUGGUGGGCGGCUCUCACCACAUCGUGGAUCUGGACUACGACUACGGCUCCCAAGUGCCCCUGACUGCCCCCAGCGCCUCUGACGUGCCCAACGGACGCAUUUAA